AUUCUGGCUGGCUGCAGCAACUGCAGCCUGCAGAGGGCAACGCCAAACCCACACACACCACAGUACACCUCGCUCCUCUCUGACGCCUUUUUUUCCCGAUCCCCUGCUGCUGCAAUAAUAAUCUGAUUGCCCCCUCCUUACUCCUGCUCGAUCGAUCGGUCGAUCUCCUACUCUCCUCUCUCAAAUAUAAUCACACUUGGACACAGCAGCUAGCAGCCUGCUUGAGCUGAGACCACAUACAGGAGUGACUAGUGAGAGAGAGAUAGAGAGAGGAACUGCAGCCCAGACUGCUGCGCAAGAGAACACCAAGAAACAGACAAGGCACGCUGGUGAGUGGUGAUCAUGAUGCUCUCUGAUCUUUCGUCCGACCACGAGGCCACUGGAUCCAGCUCCCAUGGCGGGGACAUCGCCAUCAGCUACGCCCUGAGCCCUCUCUUCCUCGCGCCGGCGGCCUCGGCCACCGCGCCGCCGCCGCGGCCGGAGGCGCCGCCCAGGGCGGCGGGGGCCAAGAGGAAGAGAAGCCAGCCCGGCAAUCCAGAGCCCGGCGCGGAGGUGAUCGCUCUGUCGCCGCGGACGCUGGUGGCGACGAACCGGUUCGUGUGCGAGAUCUGCAACAAGGGCUUCCAGCGCGACCAGAACCUGCAGCUGCACCGCCGGGGGCACAACCUCCCCUGGAAGCUCCGCCAGCGGACGAGCCUCCCGUCGUCCGGCGGCGGCAGGCAGGGCGACGCCGCCGCGGCGCCGCCGCGCAAGCGCGUGUACGUCUGCCCCGAGCCCACCUGCGUCCACCACGACCCGGCAAGGGCGCUGGGGGAUCUGACCGGGAUCAAGAAGCACUUCUCGCGGAAGCACGGCGAGAAGCGGUGGCGCUGCGAGCGCUGCGGCAAGCGCUACGCCGUGCAGUCGGACUGGAAGGCGCACGUCAAGGGCUGCGGCACGCGCGAGUACCGCUGCGACUGCGGCAUCCUCUUCACCAGGAAGGACAGCCUGCUGACGCACAGGGCCUUCUGCGAUGCCCUAGCAGAGGAGAGCGCGCGGCUUCUUGCGGCCGCCGCUGCAAGCAACGGCGGCAGCGCCAUCACCACCACCAACAGAAGCAAUGGCGGCAACACCAGCAGCGACCUCCUCUUCUCCAGCAGCAUCGCCACGCCGCUGUUCCUCCCGUUCCCCAACCCGCCUCCUCCUCCUGCCGCGGCGGCGGCGCAAAACCCUAACGCCUUCUACUUCCUGCACCAAGGGCAGCAGCCGCAGCAGCUGGCUCGUCCCUUCCUGCAGCCGAGGAUGAUGGUGCAGCCCUCGCCGUACCUUAUUGACCUCCACGCGGACGCCACCGCCGGUGGCGGCGACACAGUCAACUUCGGCGGCCUCCCCCCGGACAGCUCGGUGGCUCUGCGCGGCGGCGGCCACCGGCGCCUCACCAGGGACUUCCUCGGCGUCGACGGCGGCGGUCAGGUCGAGGAGCUGCAGCUGCCGCCGCUCUACGCCGCCACGACGGCUGCUGCCAGCUGCGCCACCGACCUCACCAGGCAGUGCCUCGGCGAGCGCCUGCCGCCGGUCAACGAGACGUGGAGCCACAACUUCUAGAGACCCCUACUUCUACUUCAAGUUGAGAGAAGCCACGUACGCUCAAACUGCAAUACUCCAUGCAGCCAAACUAUAAGCCCAGAGAUGGUCGAGCGUGUCAUCUUGUGCACGUACACGCGUUGCUGUUAAUUAAUUUCUUGAUCUGCAUUUAUUUCCUUGUUUAAUUCUCGUCGUCUAGGGUAAUAUAUAUAAGGUGGGUUCAACAACCUUGAAAAACUUUUGAUGAGUACGUGGACCUUAUCGAAUUUAUGCCGGGUUUUAUAUUAAUUAAGAUUUGUUUCAUACAUGUUCUCAUUGAGAUGGUGCGGCUAUGGUAA